AUGGAUGAACGAUUGGUGGGAAAUAAGUCUGAGCAUUUUCCUCUGGAUGACCCUCUCUUUCAUGAUAAUAAGUAUUGGAGCGUCUCUUCUCUCACUCAUCACAUUAAGAAAACACCCAUACGCUUGCUUCAUUCCGAUACCAUUCAUAAUAAUGAUGUUUAUUAUCCCAUUCGUCUUCGGUGCUCCAACAUCAAUGGUCCUAGCGCUAGCAAUGUACGCUUCAAAGAAUGCCGUGAGUACAUGGUACUGCGCUGUGAUGGGCAUUGUUCAAACGAUUCUGAUUUUCGUGACUUCUGUAACACGAUUACAUGCUACGCUUUAAACAGUUAA